GGCGGUCCUUGUCUGCGAUGUCUCCACACGUCUCCGUCGGCAACGAGUCUGUCCCGGAAGCGGAAGCAAGCGCCUCCCACAGUGACGUCGACCUGACGACCAGCGGCUCCGUUCUCGGCACAAACACGACAGACGUCACCAACCCCUCCUGCCACUCCUCCUUUGUCAACGGAACCUGUGACGUCAAGACGCUUUUGUCCGUCAUCGCCGACACGCUCGACUUUUACUUUCCCCCGAUUCUUUUCGUCGCCGGCAUCAUCUGCAACGCUUUGGUCGUCAUGGUGAUGCAGAGCCGGCACUUCCGGCAUAUAUCCACCUCCUUCUAUAUGAGCAUCACCGCCGGGGUGGACUUUGCUAGUCUCUUGGUGUCACUUCCGGCUCAUUACCUGUACGUCAACUUCCCUGAGGUGUUCGACAAUGUUAGACAGGCGCAUAUUAUGUGUUCCUUCUUCAACCUGUUUGGCUGGGGAAGCAGCGACAUGGGGUUGUUGUUGACAGUUGCGAUGACAACUGAACGGUCCUUGGCCAUCAAGUUUCCACUGAAAGCAACCGUACUCUGCUCUGUUCGUCGAGCUAAGAUUGUUAGUGGAGGACUUUUUGCGCUUGAGUUUGUAAAGGUCGGCCAUCUGCUGUUCACCUCGCGAGUAGCCACCAAAGGAGGUCACGGCCUAUUUGUGUGACGUGGAUCUGUCAGACCCGUCCUACCGCAUCUUCUACACCGAAUACUGGCCUUACAUCCACAACAUCUUUCUUUUCAUCUGCUUUGUCGUCAUCAUCAUCGGCAACAUCAUCAUCACUAUCCAUGUGAGGAGGUCGGAGGACGGGGACAUGGGGUCAGCGGGUCAGAAAACCAUCCAGAACCAGGCUAGGAUGAAUUCUAAGAACAGACAACUCCUGAUCAUGCUCAUCAUAGACUCAGCCGCCAUCGUAGUGUGUUUGCUCCCCUUUUGCCGUGUACGUGGUGCUGGACGAAGCUUUCCAACUCUUCGACGACACUCCGAAAGGUCACGGCCAAGGGGAGCUGACCUUUACUGUGACCUUUUACCUGCUCUACGUCAACCGUUGCGCAAACUUUUUCCUCUACUGCAUCAGUGGCUCUCGGUUUCGGGUCGCUCUUAAAGAAAUUCUCUCCCCUGCCUGGGACAAGAAGACCAAUGAGGUUAGGAGUCCCCCACAAACGGCAUCAUGUGACGUCAUCCACAGGAACGGUCUUCGUGGGGGAGACGGAGGCAGACCGUGUUUCUCUGAGUACUAUCGGCGGAAAACAUAGCUACACCAUGAAUGUUGUGGGAUAGAUGAACAGGACGUGAAGGAGAGGAGCGGCCAAUCAGAUCGCUCAUGGAGGACCUCAGCCAUGUAACGGACAAAGCUUUGUAUCACAGAGACUUGGCUUGUUCAGAAACUGCGAGAAAACAGUUUGAUUGUAGCUGAAAAAGAUGCUGUUUAUGACUGCGAAAACGUG